GCCCAAAAUCUUUGGAGCCAAUCAGCUCCCGCAUCUCGAUAACAACGCUAAAAAUAGCUCCUAAUAAGUCUAAUUAAACUAAGUCAUAGGAUAUAUAGUGAUUUAAAAUCAAUUGUAAGCUACAGCUUCCUAGUGCAACAACGUGUUUAUGUUUACAUAAGCCGACGGGCAACAUCACAGCACCCUCAACAACAAUAACAACAAAAUGACAAGCAAACUACAAGAAGGCAUCCUGGUAGGAUGUGGGAAUCCCCUGCUGGACAUUUCGGCACCUGUCCCCUUGCAAUUCCUGGAAGGCUAUGGCAUGAAUGUGGAUGAUGCCAUAUUGGCAGAGGAGCGACACAUGCCCAUUUACCGUGAGCUGGUCGACGGAUAUCAGGCGGAGUACCUGGCUGGUGGCUCGGUGCAGAACUCCCUGCGCAUAGCACAGUGGAUAUUGCGUCAGCCAAACGUUGCUGUCUUCUUUGGUUGUGUGGGCCAGGACGAUUAUGCGGAUAUACUGCGGGAAAAGGCGCGCGCUGCCGGCGUCGAUGCCCAUUAUCAAGUGAGCCCAGACACGCCCACGGGAACAUGCGCGGUUCUCAUCACGGGCACGCAUCGUUCAUUGUGCGCCAACCUGGCGGCUGCCAACAAAUUCACCAUUGAUCACCUGGAGCAGCCUGCAAAUAAGGCGUUGAUCGACAAUGCUCAAUACUAUUAUAUCUCGGGCUUCUUCUUGACCGUCAAUCCGCCCAGUAUAAUGCGCGUAGCUGCCACAGCCAAUGCCAAGCAGCGGCCGUUCCUAAUGAACCUCAGCGCACCAUUCAUAUCGCAAUACUUCAUGGAGCCGCUCAUGGCGGUUAUGCCUUAUGUGGAUAUCAUUUUUGGCAACGAAGCAGAGGCCCAUGCCUUUGCCACGGCGCAAGGCUGGCCCGCCGAUGCGGAUCUGCGUGAGAUUGGCAAACGUCUGGUGGCACUGCCCAAAAUUAAUUCAGAGCGACCACGCAUUGCCAUACUCACGCAGGGCUGUGACCCCGUGCUGCUCAUCCAGCACGACAAGGUCCAGGAGUUCCCAGUCACACGUUUGGCGGUCCAUGAAAUUGUAGAUACCAAUGGCGCUGGGGAUGCAUUCGUUGGUGGAUUCCUCUCGCAGUAUGUGCAGGGCAAGUCGCUCGAUGUUUGCAUACGCUGUGGCAACUAUGCAGCGGGUCACAUUAUCAAAAAUCCGGGCUGCACAUAUUCCGGUGAGCCGGAGUUUAAUGAGUGAAGACAAACCGGAAUCACACACACUAACACAGACACAAGCACACACACACACACAGACACAACGAGCACUCGCAGAUAAGCCUGUAAGAGGCACUAAGCAUGGCGCAAAUCUAUUUGCAAUUAAUGCAAAUAAGUUCUAAACGUGACUAAGAAAAUGUUGUUAACACUAUUAAUUAUUUGUACAUAUUAUGUAUACACAUGAACACACACACAAACACACAUGCACAUAUAACACAGUUGGCAACGAACAUGUGAAUUAUGCACGGCCUUGUCGUUUAUAUACAAUGUUAGAGCAAUAUUCGAAUUUAAAUUGAUAAUAAAAUAACAAAAGCCCAGAAGCAAAUC